AUGGCUGGCGAUACGGUGGUUCAGUUAUUUGCAUUAUGCGCCGCGUCUUCAUUCUUUUACAUAUCUCAAAACCUCGAGCGUCAUUCUCUGACUGAGAGCCCAAGACUAUCAUCAUUUCUUGUUUUUCUCCUCUCCGGCCUAAUCUGCUACGGUAUAGGCUGCCUUACCAAGUGGCUACCAGGCGCAGACGGACGAUUCAAGACGCCUCGUCGCCGAGAAUCUUUGCGCAACAGCGCAUCCGACGCUUCGUCUCAUAGCCAGAAUCAUCAUCUACCUGGACGGCCUAGAAGGCUGUCACUUCCAGUUCUUGUGCUAUGCAUUGUUCUAAGGCUCGAGAUCUUUCACCGUGUGAACUAUCAGCAGCAAUGUGCGACUCCUGGCCUCGAGUCGUUCCUCUGUCUUCUUUUCUUCGCAUAUGAAAUCUUCACCACUCGACGAAAAUGGGGUCUUCCACCCCCAGAAGACCCUGACGACCCCUGGCGUUCGUGUUUUGACGACCUGGUGGACUGGUUUAGUGGGCCUAGAGUUGUCCUUACUAUGGCGAUAUCCAGUAUCGUGGUGUUCUCUACAGGCACAUACUAUGCCGCCGGCCGGAUUACUCGCUCUACCUAUUACUGUUUCGAGCGCAUCGAGAGCAGGCGGAUGACGCUUGCUUUCCAGUGCAUGGGACUUGUUCUCGAUGCUAUCAUCGUGAUCCUCCUCUGGCGUUUGUUGGCCUGGUCGCGAACAGCUAAGCUUCGCCUUAGGACUCUGGGCACAGUUCUUACGCUCUCAUCGCUGUCAAUGGGCCUUGUGUGGGUUGGAGGUAGAAUCUUUGGGGGCUCUUCCGUACUUCAUGCUGGGUUCGGGUUCCUCUACGGUUUCGAUAUUAUCGUCGAUAGUGCUGCCUUUGCAGCCCUCAUGAUCUCGGCAAGCUUCUGGGUUUGCGAGACGUCACCACUUACACCAACUAGUAUCAUCACGUUCCUCGCAGGAACGGUGAAGGCCUGUCAGAAUAUUUUCCAGUACGGAGACUAUCUUCAUCCUGCGCGUGUUCCCGAGAUCAUGCCUCUUUACUUCAUUGCCUUUGGCAUGAUUGUCUUUACAUACACCCACGGUGUACAAUCCAUCAUAUUUAUCCGACGGUUCGCUUUGCUAUCCCUCCUUGUUGGUCUUGUUUUAGGAACCACCGUGUUCAUACGAAAAACGGAACCACAGUCAUUCCAGCGUCAUCCUGUGAAUGACUUCAUCUACAGGGCUAAUAUCAGGCAAAACCGUUGGAAGACGGAGGCGAGCACUAGUGAAAGUCUCCCUAUUGCCCACAAGAUAUACAAGGACCGCCAUGAUGGACGAGAUCCUCCCCCCGCCUUCAAAGACUGGUAUGAGCUUGCCAAGGACACUGCUAUUAUUGAUCGAUUCGAUCAGAUUGAUCAAGACCUGGCUCCGUUCAGAGCUAUUCCCCCAAAGAAGCUACGACAGCGGGCUUCCAUGUUGUCUAGCAUGCCUGGCGUUCAUACCAUAGGCAUUAAGAACGGCAAUGCAUCGAGGCUCCCAGAAAUCACUGGAUAUGAGGCGGAGAUGCUCGACGGCCUCGUGACCACGAUCAACAGAUUUGCCAAGUUCCUGCCGGACAUGCUUUUCCCGAUCAAUCUCGAGACAACACCACGAAUUCUCCCAUCAUGGGAGACUGCCAAUGGAAGAAACAGAGCCGACCUGACCCCAAUCGUCAAUUUGAUAUCGAAGAGGUCAAUUGAAGGAGGCGAUGCUUUUGACAACGAAGUGAAGCCCGCUGAAACCCCUGCGACUCAUCCCCUACCUGCACUCCCUGAGUAUUCUCAAAAGGAAUGGAAAUUCACGACAUCUCCAGCCAACUAUCGCCAGAUGCAGGUUGAGGCAUGCCCUCCUGGUUCCAAAACUCGAACCAACCCCCACUGGAAUAUCGGCGAGUUUUGCGCAGAUUGUGUGCGAAGGCACUCAAAGGCGCAGCUCAUGGUCAACUGGGAGCGCUCUCUUGAGUACUGCUUCCAACCUGACCUCAAGUAUCUUCAUGGAAUGUCCCUCUCAAGCCCCCAUACUGAGCCGAUCAGGGACCUGCUACCCCUAUUCGGACCGUCCAAGUCAGAACCGUUCCGUGACAUCUUGAUACCCCUUCCGCAGCCAGAGGACGAUAAAGCGGACUUGAGCUGGGGGUUUGAUCGCCGCUACGACAGCAUGUUCUGGCGAGGCCAGACUGGGUACGAAGUUAUCUCAGACCAGGCUUUACGCGGUAACCAUAAGUUCCGCCUCCUCCACAUGCUUGGCAACCAGAAUCCCAAGGACGAGGUCUCGAUGAUCCUCCCAACUUCCGACGACCCGCCCAAGUAUCAUCAUGAGAAAGUGUCAAUUGUAGAAGCAAAUCUCGUGAUGCCCAUGAGUGUCGGUAUGAACGACUUUCAAGGCUGCAUGGGCCGCAACUGUGAGCUUCUUCGCCAGACAUACCCCAUCGUGGAUGAAGCACAGGACCAGGAACCCCUCGAGUUCCGCUUCAUCCUUAUCCUGGACAAGGACGAUGGGCCCUCACCCGACCUUCUCCGUGUAAUCCGCUCAAAGAGUGUGCCUUUUAUCUCCACCAUCUUCCGGACGUGGUAUAGUGAUCGCCUGAUCCCCUGGCUGCACUUCGUACCCAUCGACACGCGUUAUCAGGGUCUGCAUACCACUUUGACAUAUUUCGCUGGCACGCAGAAGAAAGCGCACCUCAACGGGCGCGACACUGAUAUGAAAGGGCACACAAAGGAUGCGUUGUGGAUCGCCGAGCAGGGUGCCAAAUGGGCAGAGCAAGCGCUGGGCGAGAAGGAUAGGGAAGUAUAUCUCUUCAGAUUGCUGCUUGAGUGGGGAAGGCUGGUUGAUGACAAGCGUGACGAGAUUGGAACGACUAAGAACGACGAGGGCGAGCUUCAAAGUUCUUCUUGGACAAAAGGCCAGAAAUGGUAG